UUAUGUGCUGCUGCCAUGUGUUGGAAAAUGCGUCUACUUUGGUCAUCAUUUGAGGAGCUUUCAACUCUAUAAAUUCACACAACAUUUCAUCUAUUCACAACACAAAAAGAAACAGUAUAAUAAUUAUGGCCAACCACGGUAAUGACAACCUUUUUGGCAGUGGCCAAAAUCAGAUGAGAAGAGAUGCACCUUCUGAUAUCAAUAAUAACCAAAACAACCAAGGGUUCCUUCAAGAGACGGGGAAUCAAGUGAAGAACGUGGCACAAGGUGCAGCGGAUAUUGGAAAAGGAGCAGCUCAAGGUGCAGUGAGUGUGGCUCGUGGAGCUGCGUUGGGUGCUGCUAAUAUUGCUCAAGGUGCAGCUGAUGCAGUUAAGAAUACUGUUGGAGGAGCAAAUAAUGACAAUGCAGCUACUGGUGGUAUACCAAAUUACCUUGAUGAAUACCCAAAACACAACCCAACUAAUACCAACAUUUAAUUCAUAAUUAAUAGUUUCCUCUUUAUUUUUAUUUUUCUUUUACUAGUACUAUUUUUGUAGCCUAUUAUGAGGUGUUGUUUAGCACAUACCCCACCAUAGGCAUGUCAUCUUUUUUUUUUUUCUAUACAAGUCUAUUCAAGAAAAAAAUGUUUGUUGUUCUUGUUAUUAAAAUUGACAGCUAACACCUACCUACCA